AUGACAAUAGUGAGGAGUAGUGAGUUGGUCAGUGACAGCAGUGCUGAUAAUAUUGAGGGCAGUGGAGUAGUGGUCAGUGACAGCAGUGCUGAUAAUAGUGAGGGCAGUGGAGUAGUGGUCAGUGACAGCAGUGCUGAUAAUAGUGAGGGCAGUGGAGUAGUGGUCAGUGACAGCAGUGCUGAUAAUAGUGAGGGCAGUGGAGUAGUGGUCAGUGACAGCAGUGCUGAUAAUAGUGAGGGCAGUGGAGUAGUGGUCAGUGACAGCAGUGCUGAUAAUAUUGAGGGCAGUGGAGUAGUGGUCAGUGACAGCAGUGCUGAUAAUAGUGAGGGCAGUGGAGUAGUGGUCAGUGACAGCAGUGCUGAUAAUAGUGAGGGCAGUGGAGUAGUGGUCAGUGACAGCAGUGCUGAUAAUAUUGAGGGCAGUGGAGUAGUGGUCAGUGACAGCAGUGCUGAUAAUAGUGAGGGCAGUGGAGUAGUGGUCAGUGACAGCAGUGCUGAUAAUAGUGAGGGCAGUGGAGUAGUGGUCAGUGACAGCAGUGCUGAUAAUAUUGAGGGCAGUGGAGUAGUGGUCAGUGACAGCAGUGCUGAUAAUAGUGAGGGCAGUGGAGUAGUGGUCAGUGACAGCAGUGCUGAAAAUAGUGAGGGCAGUGGAGUAGUGGUCAGUGACAGCAGUGCUGAUAAUAUUGAGGGCAGUGGAGUAGUGGUCAGUGACAGCAGUGCUGAUAAUAUUGAGGGCAGUGGAGUAGUGGUCAGUGACAGCAGUGCUGAUAAUAGUGAGGGCAGUGGAGUAGUGGUCAGUGACAGCAGUGCUGAUAAUAUUGAGGGCAGUGGAGUAGUGGUCAGUGACAGCAGUGCUGAUAAUAUUGAGGGCAGUGGAGUAGUGGUCAGUGACAGCAGUGCUGAUAAUAGUGAGGGCAGUGGAGUAGUGGUCAGUGACAGCAGUGCUGAUAAUAGUGAGGGCAGUGGAGUAGUGGUCAGUGACAGCAGUGCUGAUAAUAGUGAGGGCAGUGGAGUAGUGGUCAGUGACAGCAGUGGUGAAAAUAGUGAGGGCAGUGGAGUAGUGGUCAGUGACAGCAGUGCUGAUAAUAUUGAGGGCAGUGGAGUAGUGGUCAGUGACAGCAGUGCUGAUAAUAUUGAGGGCAGUGGAGUAGUGGUCAGUGACAGCAGUGCUGAUAAUAGUGAGGGCAGUGGAGUAGUGGUCAGUGACAGCAGUGCUGAUAAUAGUGAGGGCAGUGGAGUAGUGGUCAGUGACAGCAGUGCUGAUAAUAUUGAGGGCAGUGGAGUAGUGGUCAGUGACAGCAGUGCUGAAAAUAGUGAGGGCAGUGGAGUAGUGGUCAGUGACAGCAGUGCUGAUAAUAUUGAGGGCAGUGGAGUAGUGGUCAGUGACAGCAGUGCUGAUAAUAUUGAGGGCAGUGGAGUAGUGGUCAGUGACAGCAGUGCUGAUAAUAGUGAGGGCAGUGGAGUAGUGGUCAGUGACAGCAGUGCUGAUAAUAUUGAGGGCAGUGGAGUAGUGGUCAGUGACAGCAGUGCUGAUAAUAUUGAGGGCAGUGGAGUAGUGGUCAGUGACAGCAGUGCUGAUAAUAGUGAGGGCAGUGGAGUAGUGGUCAGUGACAGCAGUGCUGAUAAUAGUGAGGGCAGUGGAGUAGUGGUCAGUGGCAGCAGUGCUGAUAAUAGUGAGGGCAGUGGAGUAGUGGUCAGUGUGACAGCAGUGCUGAUAAUAGUGAGGGCAGUGGACAGUGCUGAUAAUAUUGAGGGCAGUGGAGUAGUGGUCAGUGACAGCAGUGCUGAUAAUAGUGAGGGCAGUGGAGUAGUGGUCAGUGACAGCAGUGGUGAAAAUAGUGAGGGCAGUGGAGUAGUGGACUGUGACAGCGGUGCUGAUAAUAGUGCGGCCGUGGAGUAG